AUGAAUAGAAUUGCCAUUGGUCAGAUAUGCUCGUCGAGUUGUUUGACACAAAAUUUGGGUGUGGUCACCAAGUUGAUUGAUUCCGCUUUACGCCAGGAAGUCAAACUCAUCUUUUUCCCCGAGGCCUCCGAUUACUUGUCAAAAUCAGCCUCACACUCUAAAGAGCUGGCGCUGCACUCUUCAGAAUUUGUGGGGAAGUUAUGUAAAACCAUCCCAGACCUGUGUCGGCAGUAUGAUAAGAAGAUCGAUGUCUCGAUUGGAGUGCACUUGCCAGCGUCCGCCUCUGACGAGACAAAUCUCGACGAGAGAGUGAGAAACUGCUUGCUGUAUAUUAAUCACGAGGGCAAGAUCCUACAGAACUACCAAAAAUUACACCUGUUUGAUGUGGAUGUUCCAAAUGGACCUGUGUUGAAGGAGAGCCAAUCGGUCCAGCCGGGGAACAAAAUCCCCGAUGUUCUCAACACACCUGUAGGCAAGCUUGGAUCGGCUAUCUGUUUCGACAUAAGGUUCCCCGAACUUUCGUUAAAGUUGCGUUCCCAGGGCGCUGAGAUACUCUGUUUUCCAAGUGCCUUUACCAUGAAGACAGGGGAAGCACACUGGGAGGCACUUGCACGCGCCAGAGCCCUUGAUACCCAAUGUUACGUUGUCAUGCCCGGUCAGCAAGGAGAGCACCUUGUCAAUCUGGACCUUGACGGAAGAGUUGCUGAUACAGGAACUGUGACUCGCGUGUCGUGGGGCCACUCCAUGAUCGUCGAUCCCUGGGGAAACAUCAUAGCCGCUGCAAAUCCUGAAAGUAAUGAUCCACAAUUGGUUGUUGCUGACUUGGAUCACGCACGGCAAGAAAAAAUACGAACUGACAUGCCCCUAUGGGAUCAGCGCAGGCGCGACGUCUUUGGAGACUAUGUGUAG